GAGCCUCAGUACAGCACUGACUGUUCAAAAGAAUUACUGGGCGUAGGAGCAAGCAAUUUGCUUUUGGAUCAUUAUGUCCACCAUCCUGGAUAUACGUACUAUUUAUAAGAACCUCCACAACUUGCGUCUCUCUGAGGAAAUAGACUCUGCCGAUGAUCACAUCUUCACCAGCCCCCAGAGGAGACAUUCCUGUGCCCCCGAACUGUAUGAUGAAACACACUGGGCUUCUCGUGACCGAUGGACUCUUGACCCACCUCGUGUUCCAUUCAGAGCAGAUCGUUCCAUCAGCCUUACCGAAGGACCCCGGACUGCACUACCUCCACCACCACCGGGGUUUCCUCCACUGAAGAAUGCCUUGCCUGCCCUUCCUGCCCCUUCGCCUCGUUACAAGACAGAGCUGUGCCGUACCUUCUCUGAAACGGGUACCUGUAAGUAUGGCUCCAAAUGUCAGUUUGCACAUGGGCAGGUCGAGCUGAGAGAACCAAACCGUCACCCAAAGUACAAGACAGAAUAUUGCCAUAAAUUCUACUUGUAUGGAGAGUGCCCAUACGGGUCCCGUUGUAACUUUAUCCAUCACCCAGCCGAGCAAGGAGCUACGCAACAAGUUCUACGCCAGAGUCUCAGCUACACUGGCGUACCGUUAAGAAGAGGAUCCCCUCCUCCGCCAGGCUUCCCAGACCCUGCUUCAUUUACCAGAGCUGCCUCAGUGUCUCCACCACCUUCCUCUGAUAUGCUCUUCUCUCCUGCUCCUUCUGAGACCAGAAGCCAUGUGUCCUCCCUCAAAGGAACAGAUUCCUGUUCUCGCUGUUGCUCGUGCCGGUGCUCCAGGUCUGGAACCCUCAUUCAGGACCCUUUCUCCUCCAACCAUAUGCUCCUACGCUCACCUUCUUCCAGUUCCCUGACGGAAAAUGAGUGUUACAGCAGUGGGUCCGAGUCUCCUGUCUUUGAGAUGUCAUGCCAGGUGCUUGCCAAUAAGAGAUUGCCAAUAUUCCACAGGCUAUCUGUUUCUGAUUGAGGUUGGAGAGCAACCCAAUAGCAUUCGAACAAACUCUUCUUUUUAGCCCUCCUCCAAGACCAGCACAAUUGUUGUCUUUAAGAAGAAACAAGACAUUCUGUGAAGUCAACCCCAUCAGCCGAGGAAGAAAAGAUUUCAGGGAUCUUCAUCAUGUGCCUUUUACUGAUUCUCAGGGCUUUGUGUGGUCUGUGUUGAUGGCUUCACAGUAGCCUCAGAGGACAUGACUCUUUUGCACAUAUGGAAACCCAUCCUUUCCAAAAUCUGUUGUUAACCUGUUCAGAGCUGAAAGGUCCAUUUUACAGUGUAAGGGCGUCCCCUUCCCCUACCGCUUGCUGCGUAGGUGGGGAGAAUGCCCAGAAAUAAUGUAGCAUACCAAGGUAUAGAACAUGUUUACUGCCUCAAGUCUCAAGCCCUUAGUUUGGGCUGGACCUAAACUGAUGAGAAUGGGACUCGGUGUGGACCAGUAUCCCUGUCGUGAAACAAAAAAAAAUGAAAAAGACAAAAAAAACCUGCAUUUUUACUCCUGUGAACUCUUAAAAUAAUUAACUUUUUGUUUUUUUUUGGAAGUGCUGAAAUGCAUUGAAGUGUUAUAAUACAAUCAUUUUACAGUAUCACUGUGUAUAAUACUGGUACACUACUACAUGGGUAAUACACACUACACUGUGUAUAAUGCAGAUACUGUGCAUACACUUAAAGGUUUAUUUAAUGACAUCUGCUGUAGCCAAUCAGAUACCAUCUUGACCUGUUUGAGUGGGUUACAGUCAUCAGCUACUUGCUGCAGUUACAUAAACCCAUUACAGCUGUAAUCUUGCCUAAUAUGCAGAUCACACCAAUCGGGUACUGUAUUAAUAAGAGACCAGCAGGUCCCUUUAGUAAAAUAUUUGACACAAUUGUUCUCCAUUGAAGACAAUGAGACCCAUAGUGAUCUCUUAAUCCAUUUGCACACAUUGGACCCAAUACACAAUUCGCUGGCUUUUGGCUAGAGCAUUGUGAUUUCCAUAUGCUGUAUCCCUGUUUCCCAUUCUCUGAUCUGUGUAUUAUGACACCGAUAUGCAAUGCAUUUUAGCACUCCCUAGAAUCUAUACAGCAUCUGUUAUACCUCACAGGGUUCUACCCACCAGUUAAGGAGUUAAAAUCAGGUGCUUUAUGGAAAAUAUCAGCGAAAUCUGGUAAUAAUUAAUACCUUGAUUAUUGUAAUCCAAAGUGUGUAUCUUCUACCGCAUAUGCAUCUAUUUAUGUCCUAUUUAUUUACCAAAUAAAUUUUAUAUAUAUAUUUA